AUGGAAAAAUUACGCAAAUUUCCGCCAGAGUUGCUAAGGCAUAUCUUCAAAUAUUGCCAGAAGUGUUGGUUGGUGCAACUACGAAAUUUGGUCGUUGAUGACCAUCAGUCAACUCUAUCGGAAUGUAUUGACUCCAUUUUGUUUGACAGGAUUGCCAUUAUUGAUCACUUUCGUGAAUUAUCACAGUAUAAAUUCAAAAAUCUCCCUUUCUAUGUUUUAGACCCUCGAUUGGUUCCUGAUAGUUUGAAUUUGGACAGCUGUGAUGAGGAUAUUAUUUCGUGGGGGGAUAUAAUAGCCCUUGAUAGGAAUCUGAUUCAAGAUAUAUAUGCGGUGGAUAAUGCUCUGAAAUACGUGAGGGAAUUUUAUUUCUUUCAAGAACCUGGUGAUAUUUAUAGUUCUGCUGAGGUAAAAUGUUGUGUUGACUUCAUUAAUUCCGCCAGAGGAUUAGAGCUCAUUCACACUACAAGUGCGAUCCCUGGUAUUGUGGCACCAGUUAAAAUAAUGGAGAUUCCUCCGAAUGCUGCUGAAAAAAUGCUACCAAAUGUCCUCAGCUCCUUGGAAUCCUUAUCAUUUCUUGAACCUACAGACAAAAAUAAAAGGGACAGUGACUCUUGUAACUUGAAGUAUCAUUUUCCUCGAUUGAAAAAGCUCCAGUUAGUGGAUUUUGUGCGAGAUUUUGAUGGGUCUAAAUGGAAACUUUCAAAUUUGGAAGAAUUGGAAGUUUGGUUCCUGGAUGAGGGACUGGUUUCUAACAUGGACUCGCUUUAUUUCCCCAAUUUAGAGAAAUUAGAAAUAGGCCGUUGCAUUUCCAAAUCAAUUCAAAUUAAUAGCUUAUUACGCCUUGUGAUUAGGGAAGCAGGAAUUUGUGAAGAAAUCUUUGAAUCAUUGCCGAACUUGAAAACUUUGAUAUUAGAAGGAAACGAGUUAACUGAGAUCCCAAAUUUGGAGUGUUUGAAAAAUUUGGAGGUAUUGGAAAUCUCUGACAAUCCUGGAAUCACCAAAGUUAAUAGUUUGCAUAGUUUACCGAAACUAAUCAGUCUAGAUUUAAGCCGCAACAGCAUUCAAUAUAUCAACCUAGAUUCCUCCAAGUUUCCUAAAUUGGAAACAUUAUAUAUUCUGCACAACAAGCUUACGUGCAUGAAUGAAUUUAAUAAUAUCCCCUCUCUUAUCAAGCUUUAUGCUAACAACAACCGCAUCAAUGAUAUUGUGAGCUUGAAUUAUCCCAAACUUAGGCACUUGAACGUUUCUCAUAAUUCUAUCUGGGCUUUGAGAGAUAUUAAGAAUGUUCCGUCUCUUGUUGAGCUUGAUGUGAGUUACAAUUACAUCGAAGAUAUUUCAUAUUUACAUCUUCCUAGCAUGAAAGUGUUAAUAUUGCGAAGUAACUGUGUGUGCGAUGUGAGCUCUUUGAGAAGUUUGCAUACUCUCGAACAUCUAGAUUUGUCUUCAAAUCUCUUCAAAUCUUUUCACCAAUUGGAAGCUAUUGGGUAUCUAUCAAAAUUGAAACAUUUAGAGCUUGGUUCAACGUCCAUUUCUGAAAUGGAAACUUUAAAUGUAUGCUACCUUCCGGCUCUGGCAAAAAUAGAAAUCUACAAUGCUAGUUUGAGAAGCAAAUUUGACAUCUUAUUUCGCAAUAACAAGGGGCUAAUUAUUUCUUGUCACCUUGGAACAGGAUCAAAGGAUCAAUUGUUCAGUAAUCUCACGAAGGAUUAUUGUUGA